CUUGUAUCAUUCCUUAAUAUCUGCUAACUAGACACCCACCCGAUUCAUCGAUAAUGGCAUCUCCUCUUACACCCGCCCAGCCGCAUAUACAGAGCUUUAAUCAAUUCAUGGACGAGACUCUAGCCAUUGGCGUGACUGGUGUUCCUCCGCAGAAGUUCGUGCUCGAAGGUCCGUCGAAAGAAAGACUCCAUGUUUCGUUCUGCGUCGCAUCAGUGAAUAUCGGGCACCCAACAGUUCUUGACGAUGAUUUUGUCAGCGUGAUUCAUUUAACUCCAAGGGAAUCUCGUGAAUGCAAAGUAACGUAUUCGGCUCCGAUGGAUGUAACAUUCGAAUGUUGUGUGGACGGUCGCACUGUUGAAAUUUUUACCAGGUCCAUUGGACACUUGCCUAUCAUGGUCCUCUCACAUAGAUGUCACCUCUGGGGAUUGAAGAAAAAUGGGUUAAUCUCGAGUCGGGAGGAGGAUUUUGAAUAUGGUGGAUACUUUAUUGUGAAUGGGCUUGAAAAAAUUCUUCGGUUACUUCAGGUCGUUCCUAUGAGAAACAUGGCUCUAGCAAUCAAGCGCCCUGCGUACCGAAAUCGAGGAACUUUCUUCACAGAGUAUGCUGUGAUGAUGCGUUGCGCGAGGCCAGAUCAAUCAACAUGCACAAUCACCUUGCAUUAUCUCUCUAAUGGAACUUUGCGCUUGCGUGUUUCUAUACGAAAGCAAGAAAUGAUGAUCCCGCUAUGUAUCAUACUCAAAGCGUUGCAGCCUGGAAUCUCAGAUCGAGUUGUGUAUGCCCAGAUUAUUGGUGAUUCUGGAGGCGCAAUCAAUGCACUUGGUGCUCCACAGGUUGAGCGCAUGCUGCGUGAUCAUGCCAUGGCGCCAUACUUUGAAGAAAACGACCAUAGUUCUAAGAGUGCUAUCUCCAUCCUUGGUUCCAUGUUUUUGAAUUUCUUUUUUGGUUACUUCCCUGAGGGGACUGACAACGCCACGGUUGGUCAAUUUUUCAUACGAAGAUUCAUUGCGGUCCACGUGGACGAUUUCCUAAGCAAGCACGAUGUGCUCGUGCUCAUGGCUCGAAAGUUGUGCUGUUUUGCACGAAAUGAAUGCUGUGAAGACAAUAUUGACUCUCUAGGUUACCAAGAAUUGCUAUUACCAGGGCACCUUUUAAGCGCGUUUGUGACAGAAAAGCUGGGAGAGUCGCUCACUCAAGCCGCAUCACAUGUGCAGCGGGAAGCCCGCAUUGAUUUCGAUGAUAUUGCAUCAAAACUGCGAUACGAACCACUAGCCUACUGUGGCAAGACCAUUGGCCGGUACAGUGGAAUUAUAUGCGACAAAGUUUCGUCCCUUCUUGCGUCUGGAAACCUUGUUUCUUCUAGUGGCUUAGACCUUCAACAGACAACAGGCUUUGCAAUUGUCGCUGAGCGGUUGAACAAGUGGCGAUACUUCAGCCACUUCCGCUCUGUGCAUAGAGGGCAGUUCUUCACAACAAUGAAAACUACAGCUGUCCGAAAACUGCUUCCGGAGGCUUGGGGUUUCCUUUGUCCUGUACACACACCUGAUGGUGGACCGUGCGGAUUAUUAUCUCACCUCACAGCAAGAGCUCAUAUCAUAUGCUCGAGAAGUAAUAGUAUACAUGCCCACUCGAGACUACUUGACAUUAUCGUUUCGCUUGGUAUGGCACCCAAUCAUACUAGCAGUUGCGGGAUUGAUUGCACGUUUCUCGUGCUAUCACGGCAAAGGAUUUGUGACUCGACCCUCAAUAUAUGCCUCGAUGGUGUUUUGUUGGGCUCUGCACCUUGUCUUGUCUGCGCAAAGAUUUCUGAUGCACUGCGUCGACUUAAGGCGAACUCUGCCUUCCGUUUAGGAUUGGAUCCAACUCUGGAAAUAGCAUUCAUUGAUCAAGGGCCUACAAAUUCAUCUCCUUUUCCUGGAUUAUAUCUAUUUUCACAGGCAGCGCGAUGCGUGCGCCCAGUCAUACAGUGCGGCACUGAAUCCAAAAUUGAAUUGAUUGGUCCAUUUGAGCAAAUGACGUUACAGAUAGCAUGCAACUUUCGAGGCUUGAAAUCGGGGGUCGGGGACACAUCUCCGUCUGGAGCUUCGGCAGAGACCCAUGCAGAAAUCGACCCCAGUAAUAUGCUUUCCGUUCUAGCGUCACUCACACCUUUCUCCGACUUCAAUCAUAAACUGUACCGCAUUUUGACUCCACAAGCUCCACUAGUCUGCACUCAUGAUUAUACCACGUCCAAUUUUAAUCUUUAUGCGCAAGGAACAAAUUCAGUAGUUGCAGUUAUCUCGUACACCGGCUAUGACAUGGAAGAUGCCAUGAUCAUAAACAAGUCAGCAUAUCAACGCGGCUUUGGUCAUGGUGUUGUUUACAAAAACGUCAUUGUUGAUCUUGAUUUGGAGGCUGACCGUCGAAGAGACCAGAGCCAAAGUGAGCCGGCAGACUUUCUCCUCUUCGGUAGCCCUCCACCGAUCUCUACUCAGAAAACUACCAGUUACAUCGGCGAGGACGGCUUGCCUGAAAUUGGACAAAAAAUUUGCCAUGGAGACUCUCUUUGGUGCGCAUUUUAUGAGCUUUCAUGCAAAAAAGUAAUUGGCGUGCAUAAAGAUGCUGAGACUGCAUAUGUCGAUGCUGUGCGAUUUAUAGGGCAUGCCAACAAGGGCCAGAAGUCUAUCCAAAGGAAAGCAAGCAUCACAUUGCGCUUUCCUCGGAAUCCCGUGAUCGGAGAUAAAUUUUCUUCACGUCAUGGUCAAAAAGGAGUACUCUCUGUUUUGUGGCCAGAGUGCGACAUGCCAUUCACCGAAUCGGGGAUCACUCCCGAUAUAUUAAUCAAUCCACAUGCGUUUCCUUCGCGCAUGACCAUUGGAAUGCUGGUCGAAUCUAUGGCUGGAAAGUCUGCAUCAUUGCAGGGGAACCACCAAGAUGGCACACCCUUUAUUUUUCAUGGAGAUUGCAACGCCAUAGAUUAUUUUGGUAGCCAGCUAUGUGCAGCAGGUUACGAAUAUUUUGGGUCUGAGGCCGUCUACUCUGGCUUUUCAGGCCUCCUGGUGCGCAUGCAAAUAUUUAUUGGGGUAGUAUACUAUCAACGAUUGCGCCACAUGGUAUCCGACAAGUCGCAAGUGCGCUCAACAGGACCUGUACACCAGCUGACACAUCAGCCCAUUAAGGGUCGAAAACGUCAUGGGGGAAUCAGGCUAGGGGAGAUGGAGAGGGAUGCUCUCCUUGCGCAUGGCGUUGCUUUCCUCCUUCAUGAUCGUCUAGUGUUCUGUUCAGAUGGCCACCGUGCGCGUGCAUGUGCAAAUCAAAAUUGUGGCUCAUUACUGACGCCACAACGCUGUCCAACGACAUUCGCGACUGGCACGGCUAGGGGCUGCGAUGAAAGUUUUACCUGCUGCGAAUGCGGGGGUGUGCACUUCUUUACUCUCGCAAUGCCAUAUGUAUACAGGUACCUCACUAACGAGUUAGCAGGCAUGAACAUCAAACUCAAUUUGGCGCACUUUGACUGGCAGUAGUGAUAGCAAACUGAGACCUCGGCGUCUUGGGCCUCUGAAGCGGCGCCAAGUAUAGGCCAAAGAGCGGCCGAAAGCUGGCUGCCCGAUCACCCUUAACGGAAAUCGCGAUGAAUGGAACCACGAAACACAGAUGGGAGCAGGGCAAUGGUACGCACCUCGCUUUUGGUUUUUCUAGCCCCCCAAGCGCCCAGUGGGGUGGUACUCGGGCUUUGGGUGGCCUAAGAUGAGUAUACUGAGAAUAGGAUUGAGGUAGGCAUUAGUAACAGACAUUAGUAAAUGG